CCGGCUUUCCAGGGAGCCCCGCUGCGGUGGCGGCUCCUCCUCGCCGUGUGCUGGGCGGUCGCGGCGGGCACGGCGGCAGAAGCAAAACUUCUUCCACCUCCAUCCAACCUGAGCUACUCAUUUAUCCAAAUGUGCACUCUGAACUGGACAUGGAACCCCCCACAGAACAUCAGCAGGAGCUGCAACCUGGAGUAUUCCAGUGACAUCGUCAUUAACAAGGUUCCUCAGGACGAAAAAGAAUGGAGUAAGAAUCUCUUCCGUGUGACAGAUGCGUUCUUGGAUGAGGAAAUGCGUUUCAAAGUGAGAAGUGAGUGCAAGCAUGAUAACACCAGUGAGCCUAGUCCAUGGGUGGAGACCUCCCUUCUGCUGAAAGGUGUUCCAGGUAGUGCUGCUGUUGACUUGAGCUGUGUUUGGCACAAUUUGGAGUACAUAGUUUGUACGUGGCGUCCUGGGGAGAACGCAAGCAGUGAUACCAACUAUACCUUGUUCUACUGGUUUGAUGGUUUGAAGAACCCAAAGAAGUGCAGCAACUAUUCUACAGACCAAGGAAUCUUUGGAUGCAUUUUCAAUUUUACCUUUCCAAAAGUCACCAAUACUUACCCAACUAUAAGUAUUUUGAUUAGAGAUGACUCUGAAGAAAUUAGACCUGUGUGUGCAAGUAAAAAUCCUACCACCCUUGUAAAACCUGCUACACCAAGUCAAGUGACAUUGUCAAAGAUUAAUGAUAAAAUAGAUGUAAAAUGGAGUGAAUCAGAAACCUUUCCAAAAGGUUGUUUGCUUUAUGAAGUUAAAUAUCGCAAUGGUGAUUUGGACUCCGGUCGGAUAAUUCCAUCUGAAGAGAAUUCGGUGUCAAUUUCUGGCAUUGAUCCCAAUAGCAAGUACAUCUUCAAAGUGAAAGCAAAGCCAAAGUCCGACUGUUACAGCAGCGAGUUCUCUAGUGACUGGAGUGAAGAAAAGAGCAUUGGUGAGAAGAAGGACUCUGCAAUCUCUUUGGUUCUGAUAAUCACCAUUCCAUUAAUAGUAGCAGUAUCUACAAUAAUUCUACUGGUUUAUCUGAAAAGGCUGAAGAUACUAAUUCUUCCACCAAUUCCAGACCCUAGAGAAAUUCUUAAGCGCAUGUUUGGAGAACAGAAUGAAGAUUCCCAGAGCUGUGCAAAGGAUGAUGCCAUGAAUGCUUAUGACAAGUUAAUUAUGGAAGAAGAAAUUCAUUCUUUAAUUUUAACAGAAACUUCGGAGACACCUAAUACUGAAAAAGAAAACACAUAAAUUCUGCUUUAUCAGUGAAAGAGGAGGAAACUCCUUCCUGUUCCCAUACCUCAGGUGACAGUGUAGAUGUGAAGAGGCCCUUGAGACAUUCAACAGCUCUCCCCUCACCGAGUCCUUCUCUGAUGUGCAGGAGAUGCAUCACUAACUGUGGCUGUUCUUCCAUCUCUCCGAUCAUCCAAGAUCACUCAAGAUGAGCAUAAAUCCUGUCACUGCAUUACAGCAUCUCCCAUUCUGGCUUCAGCCAGCUCUGCCCUGUUACUUGUCACUUGUCGCCUGUGUUUGUGCCUCAUGGGAGACUGUCAGUGUGUUUUUUUUUGGAGCAAGCACUGUGACUUCACUGAAGUAUUUGGCUCUGCUUUGCAGUAGAUGAGAUAAGGUUCAUGUACAGUACAUGGUUUAUUAGUGCUCCUGCAUGGAGCUGCUGCCAAGUGGGGUCCCAGAGCACAGACUGUCUGUGGAUGGCCCCUUGUGUGUGUGCCCAGGCCGGGCACUUUCCAGAGGGCACAUACGGACUGACCUUCUUGUGUUCCUGGUUGAUGUCCAUCAGCUGUGGCCUGGUCAAAUACCAUAAAAGAGGGUGGUUUUUUUCUUUUGAGAAUGUGUAUGUAAAGCCUCUCUGCUUUCCAGCUGCUAUUCAGAAUAUUCAUAGAAAAGGCUUAGUAUUUUAUCCUUUCAGUGGCCUGUCCUCAGAUGCCUUGCCUUUAUGGACUUCUUGGGUUAAUUAUACUUUGUUUAAAAUUGUAUAGAUUUUUUUACUUGUGCUGUGCAGUGGCAGAUAACUGUAUUGAGUCUCACCAGACUGUGAUUCUACUUUGGCCAUAUUGGCCUGAAAACACGAUUUUUGAAAGCAAGGUCAUCCUGAGUCUGUCCAGCAGAAUUACCAGGAUGGAUGCAUGAGUCAGAGGAACUGUGGUCAAAUGGAUAGCAAGUGUUAAACCACUGAAACUGAAAUAAUUGAAAGGCUUCAAGACCCAUGCUAAGCUGAUGGUUUUAGAGGAAGGGGGGAUGACAACCUUGACCUGUUUUUCAAGGGAUAAGUUUUAUUCCUUCUCUAGUGAUGAGGCUGUGAUUUGAGCUUCCCUUCUAGGAGCUUAGCAAUAUAAAACAAGGUGCUGACUGGACUUGGAAAAAAAAAAAAAUCUCUUCUAUAUUUUACUGCAGCAGCUUGAUGACUUUUUUUAAGUCAUUAAUUGUUUUGCUCAUUUUUUGAUGGUAUUGUUUUAAGCUUUACCCAGCAACGCUCAGUAGAUGUUUUCUGGCACAACUGAAAUUUGUGCCAGAGCAGUUUCUCUGCUCUGAAUUCUGAGAGCAUUAGUUUCCACCCUGUGCUGCAAGGGUGGUAACAGCAGUACCUUGAUUGUGCAGGAGGAAGAAAGUAAUGAGCAGAAAGGGAUCCAUGGAAGCCCUUUAAAUGGUUAGUGUUCAGGAAUUUCUUGCUCCUUCCAACUGAGUGCAGACGUGUUAAUCACUGAUGUAGUUAGUCUUAGCAGACUGGGAAGAGAUCUCCUGAUAAGUUUGCUAGGAACAAACUCUAUAGCCACUAACCUUUUAUAGUUCAUCCCUGUCCUCAAACUUCAGUCAAAAAUCUGAAACAAAGUGCUUAGAACAUAAUGUUCUCUGUGAAGCAGAACAGCUGUGCAUCCUUUACCCACUUGUGUAUGCCCUCCUCAAGAAAUUCAGUUCUUUCCCCAGUCCCUUCUGAGCCUCUCAAAUAUACAGUUUCUUCCACAUUCUUACCUACCUUUUGUUAGUGGUAGAAAGGGGAGGAGAAAUGUUGCAGAUUAGCAUUUAGCUUUUACUUACAUUGAGACUAAGAAACCCCCAAUAUUAUGAAAAUUGAUCGAUGAGACAAAGUGAGAAUAAAGCCUCAGGGAUUUGAGUGAGAUAAAACUCAGGUUAUAAAAAGGCAGCAGCACUGUGGGAAAUUUCAGAGGUAAAGGAAUAGCGUGGGGGACAGAGGAAUUAAAUUCCUAUGCCAACUUCAGUCCCUCUGCCCUGCAACAUUUGUAUCGUUAUAGUGAUACAAAUAUUUUUUCAAUCUACCUCAUCUAGAAUGUUGCUCAUCACAGACCACUAGACAAACAGAAAUGUAUGAUUGUAAUGUAAGCAAGCAUAGCAGUGCAAUGUAAAGUUUUGUGGCUUUCGUUACAGCCCUCUAGGAAAAUCAGUACUUUACCCUAAAUCCUUUUGACUUUUGUGCUGGUGUUUAUGGUAAAACCAAAGUUUAUUGUUUCGUAAAAAUGCCAAACCAACAAAAAACCCCCAAACAAAUUCAUAAAACCAGAGGAGUGGUAAAAACCCCAGAUGUAAGGUGCCAGGCCAAAAGGAAGACUUAAACACAAAGGAUGGUUUGGAUCGCUGUAUAGAAAAGUUUUGGAUAACUCUCCUGAAUAACAGUAGUUGACACACUUCCCAAUAGAAUAAUUUCUUGAGCUUGUGUUUGUGCAUGUAAAGCAAGUGUCUGAGUACACUUUCAUCUUUAAUGUUUAUUUUUUAAGGUUGGAGGGGUUUUAGCUUGAAAUUUUCCACAUUUUGCUAUCAUUUGUUUGUUCUUCUUGGUUACUUGAUCUGUCUGUAAAUUUAUUCAAAGAACUUAUAAAUAUUAUUGAAUGUUUUUCAGUAUAAUGUUGUGGCUUUUGUUCUUGGGUUGAGAAGAUAAACUAAUAUAAAAGAGAUGGUGUUUUAAUGGGAAACCAUGUUCAAGGGUUGCAGAACCCAGAGAAGAAAAACUUGCAUGUUGCUUUGGCCUCUUCCAUUUCAAAAGUGAAUUUGAGCCACACAGACAGAGGGGAAUACUAUAGCCAUAUUUUUUGGCUGGGAUAAUGGAACAGAGAUGGAGCUGUGAGACUUGUGCUCUCACCCUCAGGGUGCUCAAGGCCACACUAUUUUCUGACAUUGCCAUGUUGAGACUUAAAAAACAAUCAACCUUGAAUUUGACUGAGAGUGCUGCAGCCUUCCCAGACACAGUUCCAGUGUUUAAGUCUUUGCUAGCUGCUGAGGUCAUUGAAAAUGCCAGGUUGCUAAACUACUGAAAACCACUAUUACAUAGUUGCUGGAACUCAAAUGUGUUUAUUUGGCACUUCAGCAUAUAAGCGAGGGCUUCCUGAAAAGAUUCAGAGAAAGAAUAUUUUAUUCCCUUCAGUUCAGUGAGCAGAUCAUUCAAAAUUAAGACAUAACCGUGACAUGACCAUCCAAGAGACUCUUUGGAUUUCUCCCAGUUCUCCUGUUUUGGUGGUAAGUGACCAACAACAAAUCAUUUGCCAUAAGUGACCUUUUUCUACGUUAAUACAUUCUGUUAAAUAACUUUCCUGUAUUCGGCAUCCUAGAAAAAUUGAACAAUUAAUUUCUAUCUUUUUUGUUAGUUUUAAUUUAUUUCAAUUAAAGAAUGCCAUGACAGAGUUGAACCGCUUUAAAGGAGUCAUAAAGGAACAGGUCAAAGUGUAAGCCAUAGUGUUUCAGCACUUGCUGGGUAGAACUGUUCACAGGUUGGGCAUUUCCAUUCACUGGAAAUUAUUCAAUAAGCUUAGUUCUGAGUUGGAACUUCAAAUACUCAAAAUUUCCCCUGGAAGGAAAAUUUUUUUUUUUUAAUUAAAAAAAA